AUGUCGGCCGAGGAGUUAGUCCAGUCUAAUGUGACAUAUUAUUCCGACUAUGACAACAGCACUAAUGUGACAUAUUACCCCGACUACGACAUCGAAGAGUCGUUUAGUUAUAUUGAUUGGGCCGAAUUGGGUCCCAUUUUAACCGUUUACGUCCUCACAUUCCUCCUGGGAUUGAUUGGAAACAUCGCUAUGAUUAUUACGACGAUUUGCCGGAGCAAAUGCCCAUUGCCGGAGACACCUACUAACGUUUUUUUGGGUAGUCUGGCCACGGCCGACCUUCUAUUGAUAAUAAUUUGCAUCCCUGUAAAAAUAGCAAAAUUGUUUUCUUACACAUGGACCAUGGGUUUAUUUCUGUGCAAAGCGGUGCAUUACAUGCAGAGCGUGUCGGCAAUCUGCUCGGUUGUCACCCUCACUGCGAUGUCGAUUGAGAGGUAUUACGCCAUAGCGCAUCCAAUGAGAUCGCAGUAUGUAUGUACCAUAAAACAAGCUCGUAAGGUCGUAAUCACGACUUGGAUCGCAGCAUUUCUGUUAGGAAUACCUAUGGCAUUUACACAGACACACAAGAAAGUCGGGGUGAGGAGGAUCGCCUAUUGGUGCGUUCGCGAUCCCGAAGUUGCACUUCUAUGGAAAUCACACGAAGUUUACAUGCUCAUUGUGGUCUUAGUGAUACCGCUGAACAUCAUGGGUUUCUGUUACAUGAAGAUUUGCCGGGAGAUUUCGCGCGGUACGAAACGUCGGUAUGAAAUGACAUCGCGACAUGUAUUAAAUUCAAACACUGCAGAACCUGAAUGUAUUCCCAUGACCCAAUAUGGCAAAACCGAACGCAAAUCACGGCGGGACGAGAAAUAUGAAGAAUCACAGAUUGUGAAGCAGGUGGUGAAGAUGUUGGUGACAGUCGUGAUGCUGUUCACCAUUUGUUGGGCACCGAUGCUGAUUGACAAUGUAUUGACUUCUUAUGGCUACCUGCCGCGCGUCAAGAGUGGAGUGUACAAGCAUCUCAAUACCAUGUUUCACCUGAUGGCUUAUAUGAACAGUUGCAUAAAUCCAAUUAUAUAUGGGUUUAUGUCGAGGACAUUCAGGGCGAACCUGUUGGCUGCUUGCAGCAGAUGCUGGAAACCUAAGGCCAGCCAGAACCUGGGAAUCAGCGCAACCAGGACCACCAGCGCUAGCGAACACCUAGAUACCCAUUUUGUCGACGGUGAACACCUAGACACCCAUUUCCUCGACGGCGAAUACUUUAGACACCCAUUUUCUUCGACGGUGAACAUCUAG